CCGCCCGCCACAUGCGUCCAUCGCCAUACCUGUCCGAAAACAUCUCCUCCUUUUUUUUUUCUUUGCUCGAGUUUAUCUACAAAAUCCCGCAAAAAAUCAGAGUCCAUCAAUCGAACAGUCCUUCUCUGAUCUCUCCUACGCCCUUCAUCUUCCCCACCAUUCGAAUAGCAAUAAUUCACUCGGCGGCAGAGUAACAAACCAGCACGAUCUGCCGGCUGAGUAGUGAUUUGGGUUGCCGGAACCGGGGGGGAAUUCUGGUAAGAGAAUGAGCAUGAAGGUUCCAGCUACUAGGACGAGGGUUGGGAAGUACGAGCUGGGCAGAACCGUAGGGGAAGGCAGCUUUGCGAAAGUCAAGUUCGCCAAGAAUGUAGAAACCGGCGACAGCGUCGCCAUCAAGAUCCUCGAUCGGGAGCAAGUCCUCCGUCACAAGAUGGUCGAACAGUUAAAAAGGGAAAUAUCAACAAUGAAGCUGAUCAAACAUCCAAACGUGGUCAAAAUAUUCGAGGUUAUGGCAAGCAGGUCGAAGAUUUACAUUGUUCUUGAGUUUGUCGAUGGAGGAGAGUUGUUUGACAAAAUUGCCAAGCAUGGAAGGCUUAAAGAGGAUGAAGCUAGGAAGUAUUUCCAGCAAAUCAUUAAUGCUGUGGACUUUUGCCAUAGUAGAGGAGUCUACCACAGAGACUUGAAGCCUGAAAACCUUCUUCUUGAUAGCUUUGGUGUUCUUAAAGUUUCUGAUUUUGGGUUGAGUGCAUUUGCGCCACCACAAAUACGGGUAAGUAAUACAUUUUUCCCUUGUGACCUGCAAUUUUCAAGUUCACAUUUCCCUCUGCAUCGGCUGAUGGUGCCUUCAAUUGCUUGUACCUCUUGUUAUUUUGCCUCAUCUCUACACAACACUCGUACGUUUUUCGUAUUUCAGGGGGAUGGGCUCCUUCACACAGCAUGUGGAACUCCAAAUUAUGUUGCUCCUGAGGUUCUCAAAGACAAAGGCUACGAUGGUGCGGCAUCUGACGUUUGGUCAUGCGGGGUCAUCCUGUUCGUGCUUAUGGCAGGGUACUUGCCUUUCGAUGAGUCAAAUCUUAUGGCUUUAUAUCAAAAGAUCUGCAAUGCUGAUUUCACAUUCCCGUCAUGGUUUUCAUCUGGCGCAAAGAAACUCAUAAAGCGUAUUCUUGAUCCAAACCCACUUACUCGAAUCUCCAUUCCUGAAAUCUUAGAAGAUGAAUGGUUCAAGAAAGGGUUCAAGCCACCAUGUUUUGAGCAGGAUGAGGAUGCUAAUCUAGAUGAUGUAGAUGCUGUUUUUAACAACUCUAAGGAUCGUCUUGUAACAGAAAGGAAGGAGAAACCGGAGUCUAUGAAUGCUUUCGAGCUAAUCUCGAGGACACAAAGCUUCAGUCUCGAUAAGUUGUUCGAGAAGCAAGCAGUCAAGCGAGAGACUUGUUUUGCUUCCAACAGUCCUGCGAAUGAAUUAAUGUCCAGAAUCGAGGAAGCUGCAAAGCCGCUGGGAUUUAAUGUGGACAAGAAAAAGUACAAGAUGAAACUGAAAGGCGAGCGAAGUGGAAGGAAGGGUCAACUCUCCAUGGCUACUGAGGUCUUUGAGGUGGCUCCCUCGUUACACAUGGUGGAGCUUCGCAAACUCGGUGGUGAUACACUAGAAUUCCACAAGUUCUAUAAGAGUUUCUCGUCCGGACUAAAAGAUGUGGUGUGGAAAUCUGAUCAAACCAUUGAAGGGUUGAAGUAAAGCUCUCUGGCACCUGUUUCUGGCGGAUGCGGGCCAAACUUGCAGUUGAUGGGUAAUUUGUGUUCUGGCCGGCGGGUCGUAUCAGUUGGGCUAUUUGGGUGUUCCUGUUGUAUCAUUAGCUUUAUGAUUGAAUUAAUAGCAUUUUAUGUUCUUUUACCAUUCCAAGUCAACUGCGGUAUCCUCAAUGAUUGUCAUGUGAUUCCUGAUCUGUCCAACAAAGGUUGAAUGGGUGAUCCAUUGGAGGUGAAAAAAAUGCUUGGAAAUUUCGUGUACUGCUAGACAAUAUAUUUCGAUGGCUUGUCUUCCUAUCGUGCCUUAAGCGUUGGAUAAUAGUUACGGUGGAAGAAGUGUGUAUUCGAGUCA